AUGAAGUUCUUCAGCACUCUCGUUCUGGCCUCCACCGCCUUCGCCUACCCCACGAUCCCGCAGGAAGAAACCAAGCGGCAGCUGGGCGGCGUCGGCAGCACGGCCAACGAGUUCAAGACCGGCGGAUGCAAAGACAUCAUCUUCGUCUGGGCGCGCGGCUCCACGGAGAUCGGCAACAUGGGCACCGUUGUGGGACCUCCUGUUGCCAACGACCUGAAGGCCGCAUUUCCGGGCAAGGUUGCCGUCCAGGGUGUUGAUUAUGGCGCCCGUCUGGACACUAACUUCCUCCCUGGUGGUGCCGACCUCGCUGGCAUCAACGAGAUGAAGAGCAUCCUCAGCGAUAUCGCGAGCAAAUGCCCCACCUCCAUUGUCGUCACCGGAGGAUACUCUCAAGGUGCGGCCGUCAACCACCGUGCCAUCGAGAACGCCCCCGAUGCGCAGAAGACCCAGAUCGCCGGAGUGGUCACCUUCGGAGACACCCAGUUCCGCGCCGACAACGGCCAGAUCCCCAACUUCCCCAAGGAUAAGAUCAAGAUCAUCUGCGCCGCCAACCCGCGCGACACUGUGUGCGACGGAAACCUCAGCGCGGCCGUCCUGGCGCCUCACCUGUCGUACGGCCUCUACGCCGAGGAGGGCGCCAACUUCCUCAUUGCGCAGAUCAAAAAGGUUCAGGCUUAA